AUGCCGUCGACACCCCGUGAAGUGGCCCAGCGGUCGGUAGAUGCGGAUGUGCAUUGCGUGGGUGUGAGCACGUUGGCUGCUGGCCACAAAACGCUUGUUCCUGAACUCCUCAAAGAGUUGCAUGCCCUUGGCGGCCCAGACAUUCUCGUCAUAUGUGGAGGCGUCAUCCCUCCCCAAGAUUAUGACUUCCUGUAUGACUCUGGUGUUUCCAAUAUAUUUGGCCCUGGAACCCAAAUCCCAAAGGCAGCUGUCCAAGUUCUUGAUGAUAUUGAGAGAUGCUUGGAUAAGAGGCAGCAAACUGCGUAA